AUGUCGUUGGCCACGUCCUCCGCGCCCACUGGCCGACCUAUACAAGUUAGAGAAGCAAGCAUGGAAGUACAAGGCCCACACGUACCACGUAUGAACCAUGGCAGAUGGCACCAAGAUCAUCUUGGGACAUCUAUAAACUUGGAUGGAAGCCUUCGUACGGGCCCGCAGUAUACAGCUCAACCCAAGCAAUCCACCUCCAAUAUCCCCAUCUAUUUUGGAGGACACACCACCCAGCCUCUUCCCAAUGCGCAUAAAGGCCCCAGCAUUGCGAAUGCCAUCUACAGCAUCCCAGAAGACGUACAAGAGCGUCGACAGGAGAUGAAGAAGGAGCUAGCGCAUUGGGCUGAGGUGCAGUUGAAGGAGAAGGAGGAAAGGAAAAAGAUGGAAAAGGAAAUGAGGAGAGAGGAAGCAAAACGGUUUGAAUGGCCGUUUGAUCACAAGAGAGUUAUUGUGGACAAAAAGGAGGAAAGCAAAGAGCAGAUUAGCAAGCCGAAUGGUCGCGUCAUAGCAGACUCAAAAACAUUUGACGCAGCACCGAGCCAGCAUCGCGCCGAGCGCCUCCGUCAGCAGUACGAAGCAGCCGUCGCAGAUCAAAAGGGGUUGUUUGCCGGGUUGGGCGAGGCACAUACGCAUGCGACGCGAAUGCAUAAGAGGGAUGUGGGACAGGUUCAGCCGCCGCCACCGCACGUUGCAAUACAUGAACAGGCAGGAUCGAAUGUCGACCCUAUUUCAUGGCGAGAUCGGACAUCCUACCCUGCAUCCCACGCCAAGAAACCCAAUAUGCAUCAAGACCCAACAAACAUUCUCAACAGCCUCCCAAUCACAUCGACAACAUCUAAAACCCGUCGCGUGAAAACGGAUAUUGGAGCAACACCCCGAGAGGAUUUUACAGAUCACGGUGGGAUCGCAUCGCAUCUACACCCCCGUGAUGAAACCAACGAUGUUUACUUUCAUUUCGGCCGUCCUGGGGCUGGUGCGCCCCUUUUGCACCCGGUUACCCACCAACUCGACGCCCAUCGCGCUGGAUUGAGAAGGGAUCUGAAAUUGAUUGACGAGUCGAGCCCUACCCGUCCGCUCAUGACGCAGAGCGCGCCAUUGUAUGGGCAAGGAUACCGACCAGAAUGGACAGGACAAGACGCACCACAGCUUGGGUAUGAGGCGGCGCAACAGGCCAGACUAGAUCCGUGGAAAUGGGGUUCUGACAACACAUAUCACCGUGCAAAUCCCCGUCAUCGAUACUCGGACAUCAUGGACACGGGCCGACACAUUGACCAUCGUUCGGCGGUAGCCUACCAUGCUGACUUGGAUCGCCUUGUCGACGACCGUAAGCGAGCUGAAAAGCAGCAAAAGGAACAAGACGCUCAUCUUGGAAUGCAGCACAUUCAGUCUGCAACGACCAUCACAGGUCGGUCAGAGUACUGGCCACCCUACGUCCAAGGGAAACCCCCUUCAACUUUGAAGGAAGCUGUCCAGGGAGAUCGACAUGUUAUUUAUCCAAAACCAAAGCCGGUGGGACGGAGGAGGGGAGUUUAG